AUGAAUUUCCAAAAAUGCAAUUCCGAGUGGCAUAAAGAUGCAAUAGAAAAGUCAAAUAAUUUCAUAAGUGGUGUGACAAACAAAACUAAAGGUGUGGAAGAACUCGCCAAUGAGAAUCUUGCGAAAUUAGUACAAACUGAUCAUGCAAAGUUAAAAUCAAUAGUUUCUUGUGUAUUGUUUUGUGCAUUACAUAACUUACCUUUAAGAAGAAAAACAAAUUCAAUCACUGUAUUUGAUAAUUUGUUACAAUUUAGAGUACAGCCAGGUGACAUAACACUGUCUAAACAUUUUGAGGGUGCCCCUAAAAAUGCUACCUAUGUUUCUCAUAGAACCCAAAAUGAUUUAAUUGAUGUAUGGGCCAAGGUACUAAGAAAUGAUUUGAUUAAUACCAUCAAUAACAGCAAAUCAUUUUCAGUUUUGGCAGACAAAACAAUGGAUACUGCAGGCACAGAACAACUUUCUCUUUCUGCAUGUUAUUUUGACCAUGCAACUAAUGUUGUCAGAGAAGACUUCCUUGGAUUUACACCAUUAGCAAGGUUAGAUGUAAAACAUAUCUCCAACACAAUAAUAUCUACUUUAUCUGCUUGGGGUUUAAAUCUAGAUAAAAUGGUAGGACAAGGCAAUGACGGGUGCAGUACGAUGGCCAGUAAAAUUUGCGGAGUACAGCAGAUAAUUGCUGAGAAAUAUCCCAAGGCUCACUUCUAUCGUUGUGCUAGCCAUAGACUUAAUUUAGUUGUGAAUGAUUUGAACACCUUACCAGAGGUUAGAAAUGCCAUUGGUACUAUCAAAGAAAGAAUUUCUUUUUUUAUGGGGGAGCAGACAAAGGAAAGUCCUAGUUGGGAACCUUCAAAAACUUUUUUAGAAAUUGUUGAAGCAUUAGCAAUUUUACAUAAAGAAGGAGAUUGUGAAACUAGACAGAAAGCCUGGCAACUUUACUGCACACUUACUUCUCCAACAUUUAUUGUUACAUUAAAAGUCAUAGCAAAAUAUUCAGCCAAACUAGAACCUGUUACCAAUAUCCUUACAUCAGUAAACAUUAACUUGUUAGAAGUUUCAGAACACAUUCAAGGAAUUGUAAAAAUGUUAUUAGAUGACAGAGAAAAUGUGAAAGCCGAAUUUGUAAUGAUAAUGAAAAGUGAUGAAAGCAACUAUAGUGCACUUGGAAUAGAUGUCACUGUCCAGUACUUGCAAGAACGGUUUUCAGAAGAUAACAAGGCAUGUUUUGAGAUUUUCUGCUUGCACCCAAAGGUAAUGAAAUCCCAAAGUGACCUAGAUAUGAAAAGGAUAAUUGAAAAUAUCAUCAGAUUUUAUGGCGAACUUUUAGAUAACUUCACUGAAGAAGCAUGGACAUGGAUUAGUAUGUGGAAAUGCGAUAAAGUAACUGAAGGAGAUAUUGCUGAAUUAAGCCUGACUGAUCUACUGGACAAAGCCAAAUCCUUGCCUGCCGUAGCUUCAGGAAUGAAGAUAGCCCUUAGCUUACUGGCAACCACCUGCUCUGCGGAAAGAUCAUUCAGCACUCUCAGGAGUGUAAAAACGUGGCUAAGAACUACCGUGGCAGAUAAUCGACUCAGUUGUUUGUGUAUAGUGUCAGUUCAUCGUGAUAAGAUAAAAUCAGAGGGGGAGUCCUUUAUCGAAAAAGUGGUAGAUAGUUACGGGAAGGGCCCAAGACAAAUUCAGUUUCUGUUUAAGUAA